UUUUCCAAAACAUCAACAUGUGCUUCAUGUGAUUAUUUUUUGGUUUUGUGGUUACUUGAAUUAUAAAACAUUAAUUAAACAUAACAAUGGGUCUCACAAAGCAAUAUUUGCGAUAUGCUCCAAGUGGUACUUUCAAUGUUAUAGCCAGUGCCGAUUGUAACUGUACACAUGUGUCUCUAAAUGGAAUAAGUGGACGAUAUUUGGCUGUCGGUGCUUGUGAACAUGUUGUUAUCUGGGAUAUGAGACUGGGGGAGAAGGCUCAAGUGCUGCCAGGAGAGAAUGUGGUAGUUUCCCAGAUAGCUGCGAGUCCCACUGGGAAUCAUAUGGCGGUGGGAUACGUGGACGGCAACAUAAAUGUGUUUGAGCUAACAAACAAUGAAGUGGUGUGUGUGUUUGCUGGACACAAGUCAGCUGUUACCUGUCUACAGUAUGACGAGCAUGGACAUAGAUUGGUAUCUGGAUCUAAGGAUACUGAGGUCAUCCUGUGGGAUGUUGUGUCUGAGACAGGUAUAGCCAGGUUUAGUGGGCACAAGGGUAUUGUGACAAGUGUCCUCUUCAUCAAUGGAAAGAACUGCAUUGUAAGCUCCUCAAAAGACACAUUUGUCAAGUUCUGGGACAUUGAAACUAAGCAUUGCUUCAAAACAUUAGGAGGCCAUCAAAUGGAGGUGUGGUCUGCAGUAUUACUGAAAGAAGAGAGGUACCUAGUGACAGGCACUGUGGACCAGGAACUCAGGGUGUGGAAACUGAACUGGACCAGCGAUGUGAAAGAUGAGAACAAGCUUGCCCAACAGCUGGAAAUUGUCAAGUUAGAAGAGACAGAUGAAGUUGAAGAUUCUUCUGUACUACAAUGCCACCAAGUGGGCACUCUCGUCCGCGGAGGCAAAGGCCGCGUAGUCGGCCUGAACACAGACCUGGGACAAAGUGUACUCGCCUGCUUUGGAACUGACUCCCUGCUCGAACUAUUUUCCUUCUGUUCAGAUGAGGAAGCUAAAGCUAGGAUGGAUAAACGUGUAAAGAAACAAAGGAAGAAACUGGCGAAACUCAAAGAAAAAGGCGAGAUAGAACCUGAAGCAACAGAAGUAGCUGAAAUUCUGACUCUCUCAGAUGAAGUCCGAAGGUUGUCGUCAGUGAAAUUAGGCGCGAAAAUAAAGUCCGCGUCGGUUCUGGUGGGAACUACCGGGGAAGUGAGAGUCGGCGUCACGUUGGCUAACAAUUCUGUCGAUCUACAUAGCUUGAAAAUGGACGAGGGUCAGGAAGUGAAAUGUUUGAAACAAAUUACGUUACCUGGACACCAGAAAGACCCACUAACUGUAGCCAUCAGCUCCGACAAUUUAGCAGUACUUUCGGCCUCUGCAGAUUCUAUCAAGUUAUGGAACCGGCCGAAUCAAACCUGCCUUCGCACUAUCCCAGUGCCGUGCGGUCGCCCCAUGAGCGCUUGUUUCGCGCCCGGCGACAGACAUGCGUUGGUAGGCUGCGCGGACGGCUCGCUCCUCGUAGUUGAUGUAGGCGCCGGAAGAAUACUGGAACAGAUACCAGCGCACGAGAAUUCGUGUAGCUUUGUGGGACUCACGCCUGACAUGUUGGGCUGUUACUCAGGCGGAGGUGACAAAACAGUAAAGUUGUGGCAAUUCGAACUUAUUGAAGACCCUACUGGCGAGUCAAAAGCUAAGGUUCUAUCACUCCUACACACGAGAACAUUGGAACUGGAGGAAUCAGUAUUGUGUGUGAAAAUUAGCCCAAACAACAAAUUCAUAGCUGUCGGCUUGCUAGAUUCCACAGUCAAAAUAUUUUUCCUUGACAGUUUUAAGUUCUACCUUUCUUUAUACGGACACAAGCUCCCCGUCCACUGCCUAGACAUCAGCUACGACUCAAACAUCAUCGCGACCGGUUCAGCCGACCGCAACGUCAAGAUAUGGGGCAUGGACUUCGGCGACUGCCACAAGUCAAUAUUCGCGCACAACGACUCCGUGACGUCACUACAGUUUGUGCCGAGCACACACUACUUCUUCACGACGUCCAAAGACGGCAAAGUUAAACAGUGGGAUGCUGACACGUAUGACAACAUCAUCACCCUCAAUGGCCACGCAGGCGAAUGCCACGGCGUGAGCGUGGGCGCGGGUGGAUUACACGUGGCGUCGUGCGGGACGGACCGCGCGCUGCGGUUGUACGCGCGAACUGAUGAACCGCUCGUGCUGGGAGAUACUGACGAGCAGGAGGAAGGCCUGGCUACGGGAGACACACACGCUCCUGUGCCCGGUCUUCCGGGACUGAAUAUGCCCACGAAAAAAACGAUCGGAGCUGAAAAAGCGGCGGACUCGAUCCUGGAGUGCCUGACGAUAGGCGCGGAGUACAAGAAGGAAGCGGCGGCGGCGCCCGGGCAGACGGUCCAGCCGCCCGCGCUUAUGCUCGCAUACAACUGUUAUAGCGCUGAAGACUUCCUCGCCGAGACUGUCAAGAAGAUCCGCUCUAGCGAUCUCGAAGAAGCCCUCCUGCUCUUACCCUUCAGUGCAGCGUGUCAAAUAGUCCGCAUGCUGCCCAAACUCCUCGACCGAGGCGACAACGCUGAAUUAUUCUGUCGUCUCGCCAUAUUCCUGCUCAAAGUGCACCACGCACCGCUCGUGGCCAACCAGCGCUUGCUCAAGCACAUGAUCCAGAUUCAAGCUAAGGCGGCUAUGAGGCUCGGCGAGCUUAGGGUGAGUAACAACAAAGUAACGCUCAAUGGAUUUUGAGUCUUAUGCUGAAGAGUUGAAGUUCAAAAUCCUGGUGACAACGCGGAGUUGUUCUGUCGCCUCGCUAUAUUCCUGCUCAAAGUGCACCACGCACCGCUUGUGGCCAACCAGCGCUUGCUCAAGCACAUGAUCCAGAUUCAAGCUAAGGCGGCUAUGAGGCUCGGCGAGCUUAGGGUGAGUAACAACAAAGUAACGCUCAAUGGAUUUUGAGUCUUAUGCUGAAGAGUUGAAGUUCAAAAUCCUGGUGACAACGCGGAGUUGUUCUGUCGCCUCGCUAUAUUCCUGCUCAAAGUGCACCACGCACCGCUUGUGGCCAACCAGCGCUUGCUCAAGCACAUGAUCCAGAUUCAAGCUAAGGCGGCUAUGAGGCUCGGCGAGCUUAGGGACAUGGUGGGCUACAACGUGCACGCUCUCCAGUGGUUGCAGCGCGAGGCAGAGGCGGCGGACAGCGAGCAGCUGUUCCGCGACGCGACGGCCGAGCGACGCACGCGUGACAAGCGCCGGCGCACAAGGCAGGGGCUCAAGCGGCCUAUUGUCACUGUUACUUAAUUUUGUAAAUAAAUUUAUCGUGUAUGUUA